AUGCGAGUCUCAGAAACUACUAUUGCUUCAAAAUCCAGCAGUGAAAUUCCAAGCAGUAAAGUAAAAGGUUCAUCAAAGAAAUUCGAAGUGUCGUUUGAGGGCGUAUUCAACGAAGCCUUCCAGCAAAGAAGCAAGGACUUAGCAAACCAACCAUCUUUCGGUGCUUUUGAACAAAAUUCGUGGAGGUUAGUCGUAAACAAGAUUGGUCGUUUGGUGUCUGGUUGGGGAAUUAAGCUUGUUGUGAUCUUCAAUGAACACAAUUUUCUUUUGCGGAAACGGGUUCUGUAUUUUGUUUAUGGGUUGAGGGGAGCAGUUCAGAGUUCCCUCUGGUUGGGUUUGUCUUUGCUCAUUUGGCACUUCGCUUUUCAUCAUGAGGUUGAGGAGAGUAAGAGCAAGAUCUUGCUUUAUGGGACCAAGAUUUUGGUGUGUUUAUUUAUAGGAACAGUGAUAUGGCUUCUGGAAACCCUCCUUGUUAAGGCUCUCGCUUCAUCCUUCCAUGUCAACGCGUUCUUUGACCGAAUCCAGGAGGCUCUGUUCAAUCAAUAUGUAAUUGAGACACUCUCUGGUCCUCCAUUGUUUGAAAGACGAAGCACUAAGGAAGAGGAAGGGACAGUCGCCGAGGUUCAGCAGGUAAGAAAUUCUGGGUCUACUAGUCCUGCUCCUGGUGAACUAAAAGAAACAUUUCUUGCAACAAAGCUACAACGAUGCACCACCGUUGGGAAGAAACCCAGAUUUUCUAGGACAAUGCCUAGUAAGAAAGAUGAAGAGAUUUCAAUCGACAAUCUGCAAAAUCUAAAUCAGAAGAAUAUAUCAGCUUAGAAUAUGAGGAGGAGGAUUAACAUUGUCCGCCAUGGUGCAUUGUCUACUUUAGAUGAGCAUAUACUUGAUUCAGACAUCAAAAACGACUCUUCCCUGUAUAUCAAAAGUGAGUGGCAGGAAAAAGAGACAGCCAGUAAAAUAUUUGAGAUAGUGUUGAAAAUUAAAUUUGAAUUCUGGUUUUUCUAAAGAAUAGAGAA